AAUAAAAGGUUUUUUUUUUUUUUUUUUUUUUUGGGGUUAAAUUUACUAUUUUGAAUCGUGGGAUGGUGUUUGGGCGGAGUUUUUUAAGUGGGUUGGUGAAAUUUUGGUGAAUUUUCGGUCAAGGUUGGUGCUUUCAAUGUUCUUAAAUUCUAGAUCGAAGGAGGAGGUUGAGGAAGUAUGAAGGGUAAAAGUAAGAUUAAAAGGCUGAGGAAAGAUGGAGUUAGGCAGGAUUUGGGGAAGGUGAUGAAGUGCCUAUACUUUGGAGAGCAAUUUCAAGCGGUAGAUAGAAUGACUCCUUCAUCUGAAUCCACCCUUGCUACCAGGGACUAUCCCCUUAUUGAGUGUUCUCCUGGAGUUAGUAAGGAGGGUGAGAAGAAGCCAGACACCCAGAAUAUAGAAGAAGCUGAAUUAUCUCUUCGUGAGGGUGGUUCCUUGAAUUAUGAGGAAGCAAGAGCCCUAUUGGGAAGAAUUGAAUAUCAGAAGGGAAAUUUUGAAGCCGCACUACAUGUUUUUGGAGGAAUAGAUAUUGCCGCAAUAACCCCAAAAAUGAAACUUGCCUUUAGCAGAAGAGGAGAACAUCAUAAGAGACGAUCCCGUAACUUUGAUGCUCCUCCUAUGUCUGUCCAUGCUGUCAGUUUGCUAUUUGAAGCAAUCUUUCUCAAAUCAAAAUCAUUGCAGCAUCUCAGGCGGUUUAAAGAAGCUGCUCAAACUUGCAAAGUUAUUCUGGACAUAGUUGAAUCUUCCUUACCAGAAGGCUUGCCUGAGAAUUUUGGUGUUGAUUCUAAAUUGCAGGAGACUCUAAACAAAGCAGUCGAGCUGCUUCCAGAAUUAUGGAAACUUAGUGAUUGUUCGCGUGAAGCCAUCUUGUCUUUCCGGCGAGCUCUUCUCCAUCAAUGGAAUCUUGAUGCAGAGACUUUUGCAAGGAUUCAAAAGGAGUUUGCCAUUUUUCUUCUGUAUUCUGGGGGUGAAGCAAGCCCCCCUAACCUCCGGUCUCAAAUGGACCGUUCAUUCGUCCCUAAGAACAAUAUAGAGGAAGCCAUACUACUUUUGAUGAUACUACUAAGAAAAGUUUCUUUGAAAAGAAUAGAAUGGGAUCCAUCAAUCUUGGACCAUCUUUUAUUUGCUCUAUCUGUUUCAGGGGACUUGACAGCUUUAGGUAAUCAAGUAGAGGAGCUGAUGCCAGGUAUACUUGAUCGUAAAGAAACAUAUUACACUCUAGCUCUCUGUUAUUCUGGAGCUGGUGAAGAUUUAGUUUCUUUGAAUUUAUUGAGAAAAUUGUUGAGUAAUAAAGAGGAUCCCAAUUGUGUUCCAGCCUUAUUAAUGGCUGCCAAAAUUUGUGGUGGAGACAAUAAUCUUGUGGAAGAAGGGAUAACUUUUGCUCGUAGAGCCCUUGGAAACUUGGGAGCCAGAUGCAAUGAGUUGGAAGGCACAGCAAAUUUUUUAUUAGGUGCAUCACUCUCAGCACAUGCCAAAUCACCUCUCACAGAAUCUGAGAGGGUCAAAGAACAAUCUGAGGCGCUUGAGGCCCUAGAAAGUGCUGGAAAAAUUACAAAAAUGAAAGAUCCCAAUAUUCUUUACCAUCUCAGCCUUGAAAAUGCAGAGCAGAGGAAGUUGGAUUCUGCACUUUACUAUUCGAAGUUGUUGCUAAACCAAGAAGGUGGAAUGAACAUUAAAGGAUGGCUAUUAUUGGCUCGGAUAUUGUCGGCUCAGAGACUCUUUAUUGAUGCUGAAGCCAUUAUUAAUGCGGCCUUGGAUCAAACUGGCAAAUGGGAUCAGGGAGAACUUCUACAAACCAAGGCUAAGCUUCAAAUUGCACAGGGUCAAGUAAAGAGUGCUAUUGAAACAUAUACUCAGCUUAUCGCUGUUCUUCAAGUGCAGAGAAAAACCUUUGGUUCUGGGAAGAGGCUUCAUAAGCGCCUCACAAACUCCUCUAAAAGUUUAGAACUGGAUAUAUGGCAUGAUCUGGCUUAUCUCUACAUAAGCAUAUCACGGUGGUGGGAUGCUGAGAUUUGUCUUUCCAAAUCCAAAGCCAUCAGCUUUUACUCUGCUACUAGGUUUCAUGCCAUCGGUGUGCUUUACAAGAGAAAGGGCCUCCUCAAAGAAGCAUUAGAAGCCUUUGAGACUGCUUUAGAUAUUGAUCCUGCUCACGUCCCUAGUCUGGUAUCCUCAGCUGACAUUCUCAAACAACUUGGGGCGAGGUCAAAUUCAAUCAUCAGAAGCUUGCUGAUGAAUGCCCUCCGAUAUGAUAGAAUGAACCCGGUGGCUUGGUAUAAUCUUGGCUUGCUUUGCAAAUCUGAAGGCACAGCAUUGUCCAUGCAAGAAGCAGCUGAAUGUUUCGAGGCUGCAGCAUUUCUCGAAGAGACUGCCCCAGUUGAACCAUUCAGAUGACAAGCCCCAUGCAAAUGUAUGGUCUCUGUAAACAUUCUCAAUAGUGCACAUUUUCCCCAUAUUUUCUCAACAUAUUGUAAAAGCAAUAAAAUGCAGAAUAUUUAUGUUUGCCCUUUGCUUUGGAGAAGCGAGAGAAAUGGAAAUAAUAUAAUUUCAAAGGCCAA